AUGCUUAUGAAGGCAAAGCUCUCUUUCGAAAUGCCUGCGGCAGGUGCGAGGUGGAAGGAUUUCAUGAUGAGUGGCAUAGCAAGUGGAAUAGCUUCGACAGCCGUGUUCCCUAUUGACCUGGCAAAAACGAGAAUUCAAGGAAGUCUCGCAAACAUCAAUGGCAAGCAAUACACUGGAAUUUUCAGAACAAUCACCAAGGUUGCUCGAGAGGAAGGACUUUUGUCUCUCUUCAACGGUUGUACUCCAGUUCUUCUCGGCUCCGUCCCUGAAGGUGCAUUUUGCAUUGGUAUGAAUGAUGCUUCAAAAAACAUUUUGAGCAAGGUUUUGAAAUGCCCGCAGAAGGACCUCCCACUCCCAGCAGAGAUCUUUGCAGGAGCGUUUGCAGGGUUCACCCAGAUCAUAGUGACCAAUCCCAUGGAAAGAGUCAAGAUUUUGCAACAGAUCGAGGGCAGCAAUGCUGGCUCAGUUAGGAAACUGGUCUUGUUUUUGAAAUGGGUUCUUUUGCCAAUCAAAGGACAAGCAGCCAUCGAGCUUUGGAGAGAAGAUCGUUUAGCUGCAUUCUACAGGGGUGUACAAGGACGUGUAGGACGUCUUGCCCCGCAGAUGGCGAUAAGCUUAAUGCUUUUCGAGCUCUUCAAGUCAACGUUCUCUGAGGACUAA